CCCACUACUUUCAAAUCUCUUACUAUCUUUCCUUUCGGUUAGUCCUGACGAAGGGUCUCGGCCCGAAACGUCGGCAGUGCUUCUCACUAUAGAUGCUGCCUGGCCUGCUGUAAAAGCAUUCUGAAUCAGGAAGUGCUGGGAGUUAAUAUGGCUUCGAAAGGACCGGUCGAGAGUUUGAGCGAGGAGGUGAUUUGUCCCAUCUGUCUGGAUUUCUUCACCGAUCCGGUUACACUGGAGUGCGGACACAACUUCUGUCACUCUUGUAUCACAAAGUAUUGGGAAAGGGAGAAGAGAAACUCCUGCCCGGAAUGCAGAGAGGUGUUUGCUGACCGCACCCUCAGGGUGAAUCGGACCUUAGGAAAUCUGACACAAGAAGUUCGGAAUCUAAACCUAAAUCCGAAAGGAAAGGAAAGUAUACGUCACUGCGAGGAACAUGAGGAAGAACUGAAGCUGUUUUGUGAAACGGACAAGACACUGAUCUGUGUGAUCUGUGCAGCUGCGCAGGAACACAGAGAGCAUCGAUUCGUGCUGAUUGAAGAAGCUGUUAAAAACUACAAGGAUCAGCUAAAAUCUUCCUUAGACUCUCUCACAAAAAAGAAAUCAGACUUCCAGGAAAAGGAGCAACAACAGAAAGAGAAGAUUUCCGGAGUUCAGGAACAGUCACACAGCCUUCAGUCCCACAUCACAUCCCAGUUUGCUGAACUGCGCCAGAUUAUCACUGAGAAAGAGCAGAGCUUACUCAGGGAUCUUAGGGAAGAAGAGAAGAGGAUUCUCGACACAAUGGAGGAAAAUCUUCUAGCUCUUCAAAAGAACAUAAGGGUUAUUCAGGAGGAAAUCACUAAGCUAAGGGAACAGACAGAUCAAAAAGACAGUGUGAUAUUUCUCAAGGAGGAAGCUCAUCGUAACAAGAGGAUUAAUGACGAUGUCCAGGAAUUGUCAGUGACAGAUGAGGCCCUACCGGUUGAAAAAUUCGAUCACCUCUAUUUGUUGAACACAUUGCUGAGAGAAACACUUGAUGCCAUUAAUCGAGUCUCUGUCACCCUGGAUGUGGAAACGGCGAGUCCGUAUCUCGAGGUGUCUGAGGAUCGGAAGAGUGUGAGACUGACCGGGACCCGGAGGAAUCUCCCUGACACCGGGAAGAGAUUCACAAACUGGUUUUGUACAUGA